CGAGGGCGCUGGGCCCGGGCCGGGAGUGGGAGCGACCCUGCGUCUGCGGCGCACUCUGCGGGUCCGCCACCGGCCCCGGGCCCAUUCGGGACCCAAACGCUGAGCGCAGCCUCCAGCCGGGGCGUUUCAGCGGCAGGGGGUACAACCGAGGUGGCGUUUCCGGAGUUCGGAGGCACUGCUUGACGCGGCUAUUUGGUUUUUCUAGUUUUCAACUACCGAAGAAGGUGUUUGGGUAUCAGAGACAUGAAUUACGCACGGUUCCUCACCGCCACGAGCGCAGCGAGAAAGCCUUCUCCCAUCCGAGUCGUGACUGAGACUUGGAACAGGGCACCGAAAUCAGUCAUCUCCUUGGCUUCUGGAUCACCAAACCCCAACACGUUCCCUUUUACGACUGCUGUUAUCACCACAAAAAAUGGAAAGCCCAUCCAAUUUGAUGAAGAGAUGAUGAAGAGAGCACUUCAGUAUUCUCAAAGUGCCGGAAUCCCAGAGCUGUUGUCCUGGCUAAAACAGUUACAAGUAAAAUUGCAUAAUCCUCCCACCAUCAAUUAUCCAGCCAGCCAAGGACAGAUGGACAUAUGCAUAACAUCUGGCAGCCAAGACGGUCUUUGCAAGGUGUUUGAAAUGAUGGUUAAUCCUGGAGAUAAUGUCCUCCUAAAUGAACCUGUUUAUUCAGGAACACUUCAAGCUCUGAAGCCAUUGGGCUGCAACAUCAUUACUGUUGCCAGUGAUGAACAUGGGAUUAUUCCAGACUCCCUCAAAGAAGUACUUUCCAAAUGGAAACCAGAAAACUCAAAGAACCCCAAGAAAAACACCCCCAAGUUUCUUUACACUGUCCCAAAUGGCAACAACCCUACUGGAAACUCAUUAACAAGUAACCGCAAAGAGGAAAUCUAUGAGCUUGCAAGAAAAUAUGAUUUCCUCAUCAUAGAAGAUGAUCCUUACUAUUUUCUCCAGUUUAGCAAGUCCUGGGCACCAACGUUUCUUUCCAUGGACAUUGAUGGGCGUGUCAUCAGAGCUGACUCUUUUUCAAAAGUCCUCUCCUCAGGGUUGAGAAUAGGGUUUUUAACCGGUCCGAAACCCUUGAUAGAGAGAGUUGUCUUACACACACAAGUUUCAACCAUGCACCCCAGCACUUUUACACAGCUUCUGAUAUCACAGCUUCUACACCAAUGGGGAGAAGAGGGCUUCCUGGCUCAUGUAGAGAGGGUUACUGAUUUCUAUAGGAACCAGAAGGAUGCAUUACUGGCAGCUGCAGACAAAUGGCUAAGUGGUUUGGCAGAAUGGCAUGCUCCUACUGCUGGAAUGUUUUUAUGGGUUAAAAUUAAGGGCAUUUCUGAUGUAAAACAACUGAUUGAAGAAAAAGCCAUUAAGAAAGAGAUAUUAAUGCUUCCCGGAAAUGUCUUCUACAUUGAUAGCUCAGCUCCCAGCCCCUACUUUAGAGCGUCCUUCUCUUCAGCUUCUCCAGAACAGAUGGAUAUAGCCUUCCAGAGAUUAGCCCAGCUUAUUAAAGAAUCUUUAUGAAGAAAUCAAACUCUUUAUGAAGAAAUCAAAAUCUUCAUGGAUUUUUCACAUAAAUCAUUUUUAGCUUUUAGCAGGAAGAAAUGAUCAUUGACAUUAGACUUACAGAUUGGAUUUCAACAAGCAUGUCAUAUCUGCAGUAAUUUAACUAGACAACUUUUAAAGUGCCCUUAAAUUCAUCAGAUUGACAAAAUAUAUUUAUAAUUCACUUAUACCUUUUGAUAAAUUUUCACCCUGCAAAAAUUAUUUCUAUCCUGGAUUUUAUUGUAAGGAACUCCAGUUGCUUUAUCGUUUCCCAUAAAUUUUCCUUGAAGCUAACAUUUUACAAUAAAUUAUUUUGAAAAUGUA